AGGGAGUACGUAUUAAACAUGGUGAAUAGCAAAUUGAUUAAUGCGGGCCUAGGAAGCAACGCAACCCAACCCAAGUAGCAGGAUUUCCAUUUUCCCUCGCUUCCCAGUGAUACGUUAUUCUUAACGUUCAAACUUAGAAUCUUCUCCCUCUGUUUUUUCCCUCAAAAAUAUGAUGCUCUGCUGAAAAAGCUGUUACACGUUUCUUCUUCUUCUUCUUCUUCUUCUUCUUCGAGAUGGUCCUUGGAGCUGCUAACGGCCUCGUCUGGAUAGAUGGAGAAGGAGAAGAGGAAGAGGAUGCAGUUUCUUCAUGGACCCCAAACAUCAAUAAUCAAAUUCAGUCUAAACAAGACGACUUCACCAUGCCCUUCAAAUCCAUGCUCGACGCUGAUUGGUACAUGAACCCAGCUAUGAACCAGGAUCCUCAUAUCCGUGAGCUUGGUUUCGCUGAUAAUAAUCUCCUCCUUCACCACCCACUUGAUUCCUCUGCUUCUUGUUCUCCCUCGCAGCCCUUCACCCUUGAACCUCACCCUUUCUUGCCCCCUAAACCUUUCUUCUCUUCUCUCCUCUGCAACAGCCCCUUUGAUUUUGCCUCCGAAACUGCUUUUCAGCCGAAUCAGACCCCCAGUUUUAUGGGUUUUCCUCCCACUCAAUUCUCUACUCCUGACUUCAGCUCCAGCUCCGACUUUCAAGGUCCAAGGUUGUUCACUGCAACUGAAAAUGCUUCUGCUUUCAGUGGUGGUUUUGAGGGCUUCGAUGCAUCAGGGAAUGCUGUCUUUGUGAACAGAGCAAAGAUUUUGAAGCCCCUUGAAGUUUUCCCUUCAGUUGGUUCUCAACCAACUUUGUUUCAGAAGCGAGCAGCGAUGCGUCAGGGCUCUGGUGUGGCUGAUGAAUCGGGGAAUUUGGAUGUUUCAGACGGGAAGAGGAAGAGGCAUGAGCAAGGGGAGAUUGAGGAAGCCAGCUUCGAUGUAUCGGGUUUGAACUAUGAUUCUGAUGAUUGCAAGCUGGAGGAGAGUGCCAAGAACGGUGGUUGCAAUUCAAAUGCGACUAGUACACUCACCGCUGGUGGGGAUCACAAGGGUAAGAGGAAAGGAAUGCCGGCCAAAAAUUUGAUGGCCGAAAGGCGGAGGAGGAAGAAGCUCAAUGAUAGACUUUACAUGCUGAGGUCUGUUGUGCCUAAGAUUAGCAAGAUGGAUAGGGCUUCAAUACUCGGGGACGCCAUUGAUUACUUAAAGGAGCUUCUGCAAAGAAUCAACGAUCUUCACACUGAACUGGAAUCCACCCCACCUGGCUCUUUUAUGCCACCAUCUACGAGUUGCCACCCGUUGACGCCUACCCCACCUACUCUUCCAGGUCGUGUCAAGCAAGAACUAUGUCCCAGCUCAUUCUCGAGUCCUAAAAACCAACCUCCAAAGGUGGAGGUAAGAUUAAGGGAAGGAAGGGCUGUCAACAUUCACAUGUUUUGUGCUCGCAGGCCAGGUCUCUUACUCUCCACUAUGAGAGCUCUAGACAACCUUGGAUUGGACAUACAGCAAGCUGUAAUCAGCUGUUUUAAUGGGUUUGCACUGGAUGUUUUCCGAGCUGAGCAAUGCAGGGAAGGCCAGGAUGUAUUGCCUGAGCAAAUCAAAGCAGUACUUUUGGAUUCAGCAGGGUUCCAUGGUAUAAUGUGAGGGUGAAUGGUUGGCUUAUUAUGAUGGUAUUGGUAUGAACAGAGGCAAUAGUAAAUGUUGAUGUAAAGUAAUUAGUUGCUUCUCAUCCCAGUGGUGAAGCAAAUUUUACGUAGUGAGCUUUGUAGGUGGCGCAAGCAAGUAGGCAAACAAUUGAUUUCUUAGUUAUUGUAUCACUUGAGAAUGAAGUAGAUUCUGAUGUUGGUUUUUAUUUAUUAUAUUUAUUUUCUUUUUUCUUUUGGGUUAA